UGGCGUUGUACUUUUCUGAAUCGCGGUGUUAAGAUUCUCCUGCGCUUAGUGACCUCCUCGGCCCUUAGCCGAUGAUUCAAAGUUAUCCAACUGUCGAAAAUUAAGUUAUAACUGGUGCAGUAAGUGAAUAGUGAAAGUGUUAGUGCGUUAAAUAAUAAAGAGUUGCCUUUUGUGGUCUGCAAUAGCCGGGAACACGUUCACGUAACGGUCCCGUCGUUGAAGCACCUCACGGCACUUUUUGGGUUAACAAACAUUAGACGCUUGCUGGUGAAUUAAUUUUCACGGUGAACCCUGCAUCGAUCCAGGACAAUAAUUAACAUUUUCGUGUGAUUCUUGACGAACAGUUCCGAACUCAAGAUAACAUGGCGUCGAAACGUUCCCGCUCGUUCGCGCAAGCUGCAUUCUCAUUCGACGGUACCCGCGACUAUGAGAAAGUCGAAACUUUUUUGACUUUCGCUCGAAAGUACAAGUCCUACAAAAACAUAGCAGACAGCGAUGCCUUGCAAACUAUUUACAUCAUUCUCAAAGACGAGGCUAAGGCCUGGUGGGAUAGAACAAAUGAAAGCAUUUCGACGUGGGAAGACUUCGAGUCUCAACUGAGAAGAGAAUUUUUACCGAAAAAACCGGCUUACGUUGUUUUUCAAGAGUUAUCUGAACUCAGGCAGAAACCCGGUGAACUGACACAAAGAUUCGUAGCAAAGCAGAGAGCACUCUUCGACCAGUUGGAUCCACCGCUACCCGAAGUUGUACAAUUAGACAUGAUGUAUGGGUUUUUACACCCGAAAAUUCAGGAACAAAUUCCUAGAACGUGUAUUGAAACUUUUGAAGGUUUGUUAGAAGCCGCAAAAGGUUUAGAACAAGAAAAUGCCAAUAACAAGCCGCAGGUCAAUUCGUCUUCUGAAAAUCGUACAGCGAGGAAACGGGUGCGCUGUAACUUUUGUAGAAACUUCGGCCAUGUUGCUGAAGUGUGCAGAAAGAGGCAAAAACUCACCAUUGAUGAGGCGGUUUCUGAAACAUCUACUGAAAAUCAUGAGCCGGCUACCGAAGCAGGUAAUCCAGCACCAGCGCCUUCAGCAAGCCAAGAGCCCAGGAAAGUGUCUUCAACAGUCGAUGGGAAACCUCGAUUCAUGAUAGAAAUCAGCAUUGGAACGGCCAAAGAAAUGGCCAUCGUGGACUCCUCUAUCAAAACAAGUCUGGCAUCGUUCAAAUUCUACAGCUACUUAAAGAGCAUUGGUUUUCAUUUUCAAGAGGAAAAUUCAACAGUAGCCGAAGGGAAUAGCAAGACUGAAAACGCUUUGAAAGGGCGGAUUCCCGUCAAAGUUCGGGACCGAUGUGUGUUAACCACUUUUGUCGUGUAUCCCGAAAGCAAAGAAAGUAGAUCCUUGCUUGGAACAGAUUUCAUAGCUGAUGGUAGAAUUAACUUGAAUUUACAGCAAAUGACGUGGAAUUUUAUUGACGAACCUCUUGUUCAUUAUAGUUUACCGCAAUAUUUACCCAAAAAUUGUGAAAAUACUGAUGCGAACUAAUAAUUAUGUCUUUGGAAACGGUAGAUAACCGGUUUGAUUCUAUUUUUGUAACUUCCGUUCUUAUCGCAUUAAAGUUUUUUUAUUGAAAUA